AGGUUCAGUUCCGCCCGUACCGCACGGACGACUUCAUCACGCGCCUGUACUACGAGAUGUUAGGUUCAGUUCCGCCCGUACCGCACGGACGACUUCAUCACGCGCCUGUACUACGAGACAAGGUUCAGUUCCGCCCGUACCGCACGGACGACUUCAUCACGCGCCUGUACUACGAGACAGUGCCCUGGGAUGGACUGGGAUGGACUGGGAUGGACUGGGAUGGACUGGGAUGGGACUGGGAUGGACUGGGAUGGACUGGGAUGGACUGGGAUUUCUGUAGGAUCGUGGUGAAUCCAAGGUUCAGUUCCGCCCAGGUUCAGUUCCGCCCGUACCGCACGGACGACUUCAUCACGCGCCUGUACUACGAGAUGUUUUUUUUGAUUUUUCCCCAUUUCCCAGAGGUUCAGUUCCGCCCGUACCGCACGGACGACUUCAUCACGCGCCUGUACUACGAGACGCCGCGCCUGACGGUGCUCAACCAGACGUGGGUGCUGAAGGCGCGCGUCAACGACUCGGAGCGCAACCCCAACCUGUCGUGCAAGCGCACGCUGAGCUUCCAGCUGAUCCUCAAGAGCAAGGUCAACUCGCCCAUGGAGUGCUCCUUCCUCCUCCUCGAGGGGCCCUACGACGACGUCAAGAUCAACCCGGUCAUCUACCACUUCGUCUUCAGCAACGAGAGCAACGAGACCGACUACAUGGCGCUGCCCAUCGUCGACUCGGUGGAGUGCAACAAACUGCUGGCGGCCAAGAACAUCAACCUGCGCCUUUUUAUAUUCCAGAUCCAAAAAUAAUUAAAAACAACGUGACUUUU